AUGACUCUCACCAAGCUUAACUUCAUCACUGGAAACAAAAACAAGCUGUCCGAAGUGCGGGCUAUCCUUGGUAAUGUUAUCGAGGUGGACAACCAGGAAGUUGAUGUCCCUGAGAUCCAAGGAACCAUUGAGGAAAUUGCCAAAGAAAAGGCCAGACGUGCCGCUGAAGCAAUCAAUGGACCUGCCUUGACCGAGGACACUGCUCUCGAGUUCCAUGCACUCAAGGGUCUUCCUGGACCUUACAUACCAAGCAAAUCAUUCAUGGAGGCCCUGGGCCACGAAGGCCUGAACAAGAUGCUUGACGGGUUUGAGGACAGAACAGCUGAAGCUGUUUGCACCUUUGCCUUUUGUCGGGGACCUGGAGAGGAGCCUCUUAUCUUCCAAGGCAGAACAGAGGCAUGUUCACCAUACAUGGGGUCCAUUGUGCGGCCGAGAGGCCCAACCAACUUCGGCUGGGAUCCUAUUUUCGAGUAUGAUGGAAAGACGUACGCCGAGAUGGAGAAGGAAGCCAAGAACAAGAUCUCCCACCGAUACAAGGCGCUAGUGAAGUUGCAGCAGUGGCUAGCCGAAGGUCAGCAGUAA